AUGAACAAUAAAAAAAGUAUAAAAAACCAAGAAACAGGUAUUGGUUUUGAAAAAAUUUUAGAACUUAAAGAAAAAGAAAGACAAGCGGUAGAAAAAUUAAAAGAAGGUUAUUCUAGUUAUGUUCCCGGUAGUAUUCCAAAAGAGGUAAAUAUUAAACUAGAUGCUUGGAAUAUGCUAAAAGUUAAGCAAUUGCUAGCUUCUAUUACCAAUAACCAAAAAGAAGUAGCUCUCAUUAGACAAAUUCUUAAUAAUAACCAAGAUGUUGAUGGCAAAAUAGAAAAAUAUGCUAAUGUUAAAGUGCCUCAUCCUGAAUGUGAUGAGAGAGGGAUUGCUAAGUAUUAUUUCACUGACAUAAUUAUCAUUCCUGAUGAUGAAGAAAAAAUUCAAGAGAUUAUAGAAUAUAACGAAGCACCUCCGAUUAAAGAAAAGGUUGAAAUUAUUUAUAAGACCUGCCCUGAAAUGCUUUGCGGGGAUAAUCCUUGCAAAGCCCCCUUUUUAACUAUUGCUGAGGAUUUACUGAAACUAAUCAAGGAGGAUAAAGUAGAAAAAUUAAUCUUCUUAUCUGCUUACGAUAAAAGGAAAUUUCCUAAUGGAGAUGAGAGAAAAGCACAAAUAUUUAAACAGACAUUUGUUGAAGUUAAAAACAUGUAUAAAAUUUCCUGUUAUUUACGACCAAUCCCUUUUGAAAAUGAUAAUCCUUAUAUUUGUAGAGAUGUAUUAAGAAGUUUGGGAGGAGUUAGUAUACCUUUUUCAGAAAUUAAAGUCCUAACCCCUCAUUAUCCAACCAUAGAAAGUCAGCAUGAUGAAAGAAUUUUGCUAGUAAAGCAAGAAGUCAUUCCUCCUUGUUCUUGUGGCAGUGGAGUAAGCAUUGAUAUAUGUUGUGGAAUACAUUGCGAAGAACAUUCAAUUGAAGAAGUAGAAAAAUUAAUAAAUAAAGCUGAGCAAGGUCAAUGUGAAUUAAAGCUGAGUGAUGAAAUUAUGGCUGAAUAUUUAAAAGCCAAACUUAGAAUGAACGAAAAGAAUAAUAAGAUUAAAGAAAGGAUGAUUGAAUUAUGUGCCAAGAAAUUUUUAGAUAUAGAAGCAAAAGCCACAGAUAUUAGAGAAUUAGCAUUAGCAAUAAUAGAAUUGGCAAAUAUUUUAAAAGAAAUGGAAAAAUUAGACAGUGGAGAAUUAACAUUUCAUUUUGAGGAUGAAGACAAUAAACUUUAUUUAGAAAGUAAAGAUAGUGGAAGAAUAUAUCUUUUUACUUUAAAUAUUGAAGACAAUGAUAUCUCAGUUUUUUGA